CCGCAGGAAUUACCAGUCAUGGCGGUGAAUUACGUAAAUUAUCACAUAGAACCCUUCGAUGGACGCGAUUUUGACACAUUCGAGUUGCAAUUACAAUGUUUAAUUAGCUUGAAUAAUGUACCCGAGGACAAGAAAGUGGCAUUGUUAAUCACUAAAGUUACACCAAAAGUAUUGGAAACCCUGAAUCACAUGUGUGCGCCUGCAAAACCAACAGAAAAGUCAUUUGCUGACCUCAUCAAGCUAUUGGAAGAUAGAUAUAACAAAUCCACUUCUGUGCCUGUGGACCGUGCAGAAUUCCGAAAAUGUAACCAAAAGGCAGAAGAAAGCAUAGAAGAAUACAUUAUACGAUUGAAGAAAGCGGCUAAGAAAUGUAACUUUAAAGAUUUCAAAGACCAGGUCAAAGAAAAACUUAUUGACGGCGUGUAUUCAUCCAUUGUCAAAUUUGAAUUACUUAAAAAUGGAAACCAGACACUGGAGGAACUAACCACCUUAGCUCGGACGGUGGAAGCGGCUUGGCUACAGACAAAAACGAAGAUGCCCGCAGAGACGCCAGUGGAGGAACCGGCUUCCAGUAUGUUUUUUGUCAAGAAGAGUACACAGAGUAAGCCAAAACAAAUACAAAAUAAAGCCAACCGCGGGUCAACAGCAUCUGGUAAGUCACUGAAGUGUUAUUGUUGUGGUAAAAAUAACCAUUUAAAAAGUGAGUGUAGUUUAAAAAACAAAUUUUGCUCGGAAUGUGGCCAGCAGGGUCACUUGUACAAAAUGUGUCCUAAAAAUCAUAAAAUGAACCUUCUUGAAAUUAACAGUGAAGUGGAAAAUAAAAACUGUGACAUUGAGCAGUCGAUUCAAGGACUUUUCCCAGAUAGUGAUGAAUACUAUAAUAUUUACACUUGUAAAUCAACCACAAAUAAGGUACCACCAUGCAUCAUGGACUGUAGGGUGAAUGGAGUGACAUUCAAAUUUGAAUUAGACACAGGUUCGGAAUCUACAACCAUUUUGCAAAAAGACGUGGAAACCUUAAAUUUAAUACAUGAUGUAAAAGAAACUAAUGUGAAUUUCAUUAAUUAUGAUCAAAUAUCCUCAAAGCCAUUGGGAAUAUUGCAUAACGUAACAUUUAAAUUAAAUAACGAAACUAAGAAUGUAGACUUAUUUGUGGUUGAAAACUAUAAGACAAGAUUGUUAGGCAGAGAUAUGCUAAAAAAAUUUGGUAUGUGGCCAUUAAACAUCAAUAAAAAUGAAGUGAUGGACCCAGUAAAGACUAUAAAAGAAAAUUUUUCUGAAGUGUUUACUCCAGGGUGGGGGAAUUUUAAGGGCGAAUGCAUAUCCUUGAAAUUAAAAGAAAAUGCACAACCCAAAUGCUUGCCUGUUAGAACAGUGCCAUUUGCACUAAAAGAAAAAGUAUCCCAAGAAAUAAAGAGGUUGUUAGACAACAAAAGAAUAGAACCUGUAAAAUAUAGCAAAUGGGGAACGCCAGUGGUGCCUAUAUUAAAGCCUGACGGGUCCGUGCGCUUGUGUGGUGAUUAUAAGGUAACUUUAAAUCCACAACUAGAAAUAGAUCGCUUUCCACUGCCACAUGUAGAAGACAUUUUCAAUAAAUUAAGGGGUGCAGAGUACUAUUGUGAAUUGGACCUCCGAGAAGCUUAUCUACAGGCACCACUAGACGUCCAGUCACAAGAUUUAACUGUGAUCGUGACAGAAAUAGGCACGUUUAAAUAUAAAUACCUACCUUACGGAGUAAGUACUGGACCUGGGUCCUUUCAAAGGUUGAUGGCUCAAAAAUUGCAGGACAUACCUAAUGUGAUUGUUUUUAUUGACAAUAUAUACAUGUGCGGAAAAACAAUGUCAGAAAUGACAAAGACACUUGAGUCAGUUUUAAGUAUAUUAAAGGAAUGUGAAUUCAAAUUAAAGGUUGAAAAGUGUAAGUUUUUCCGAACAAGUAUAGACGUUUUUGGGUAUAGAAUAGAUAAACAAGGAAUUAAAAUUAUAAAAGAAAAUAUUGAACCCAUAUUGAACCUGGACCCACCAGAAAAUGUGACAAUGUUACGUUCUUUCUAGGCAAGAUAAAUUAUUAUGGUAGAUUCUUAAAAGAUUUAGCAACAACCCUUCAUCCACUUUAUGAAUGUACAAGGCAGGGAACUUUUGUCUGGACUGAUGAGUGUCAAAAAGCUUUUAAUUUAGUAAAAAAAAAAUUAGGGACUGCUACCAAUUUAACUCACUACAACCCGGAUCUCCCAUUAAUCUUAACGUGUGAUGCGUCAGCAUAUGGAGUAAGUGCUAUAAUUUCAAACCGGGGCACCGAUGGAGUAGUAAGGCCAAUCGCUUUUGCUAGCAAAAAAUUAAAUGAUACAGAACAAAAAUACACCACCUUAGAUAAAGAAGCGUUUGCAAUAAUCUUUGGUGUUACCAAGUUUUAUAAUUACACAUAUGGCAGAUCAUUUGAGUUAGAGACAGAUAACGCAGCUCUCACUCGAAUAUUUGGACCGCAUAAAGCAAUACCCAGAAUGGCAGCUAAACGCCUUCAGCAUUAUGCGAUUUUUCUCUCAGCCUUUAAUUACACUAUUAAACACAUCAGUACAGACAGAAACCCAGCAGAUUAUUUGUCAAGACAGCCACAAAAGAAUGAUAAUACUAAAUUUCACACUUUGUGCAUAAAUAACAUGGAAAUAAUAAAUGUAAAAUAUAUCCAAGAGUCUGAAUUGAAUUCUUUAAACUGGAAAUCCAUACAAAAUAGCACUAAAAAAGAUGUAAUUCUUUCUAAAGUAUUAAUGUUCUGUCAGGACGGCUGGCCAGAAAAAGUGUCAGAUAAAAACUUAGAGCCUUAUUUUUUAAGACGACACGAAAUUAGUAUAGAUAGGGAUUGUAUUAUGUGGGGCCACAGAAUUAUAAUCCCUUCCAACUUAAGAGAAACCGUUUUGGAGGAACUCCAUUUAACUCACUUUGGAACUUCCAGAAUGGUGGAAAUGGCUAAAGCCUAUUUCUGGUGGCCGAAACUAAAUGAAAAUAUUGAAAACAUGGCCAAUGCCUGUAAAUUAUGUUUAGAAAAUAGACACAACCCCUCGAAAGCCAUUCCAAGAUGUUGGCCUAUACCCCCGGGUCCAUGGUAUCGAAUCCAUGCAGAUUUCUUAGGUCCAUUUUUUGGAAAAAUGUACUUAAUUAUAGUAGAUAGUUACUCCAAAUGGCCUGAAGCUUUUCAAAUGGCUAAUAUUGGCUCUACAUUAACAAUAAUGAAAUUUAAAGAAUUAUAUGUUAGAUACGGGUUCCCAGUUCACUUGGUCACUGAUAAUGGCACUGCCUUUACAAGUCAUGAAUUUAAAGAAUUUUGUAGAGUCACAGGCGUUAAGCAUACUUUCACUGCACCUCACUAUCCGGCCACGAAUGGAGCGGCCGAAAGAUUUGUAGAGACAUUUAAAUCACAUAUAAAAAAAAUUAUUGAAAGUGGCAAACCGCUUAACUAUGCCCUAGGCAUAUUUUUGUUUGAUUACCGCACAACCACACACAAAACCAGUAAAGCAACCCCAGCUCGGUUAAUGAUGGGUAGAGAGUUGCGAAAUAGAUUUUCCUUACUAAGACCAGCACCAAUCUAUCAAAAUCUGGUAGAGGCUCAAGAAAAGCAGUUAAAGUAUGCUAAGGGUGCCAGAAUUUUAGAAUUGUCUGAGGGUGACUUAGUGAAUGUUAAGGAUUUUAGGAGGGGGAAGAAGUGGUCUAAAGGUCACAUAGUUGAGGUUUUGAUACCUGGCUCUACUUUCAUGGUAGAAGUAGAAGGAGCAAAAUGGAAGCGUCAUGCUAACCAAUUGCAUAAACUGUAAUAUGUGUUUAAGUUAAUUUAGUUAUAAUUGAAACUUUUUGAACUCAAUAGAGUUUACAGUACUAUAAUAUUUUUGUGUAAUACUUAUCCUGAUAUUACUUAUUAUUGUAAUAGAGGCUAUUUAGGUUUAAGGGGGUGGAGAGUGUAGUAACCUGUGAUGGUGGCAACACUGACUUUCUAGAAAGCGCAUGCUUGUGUAUCAAACUGUCAAAGAUGUCUAAGUUUAAUAAACCGUGAUUAAUUAAUUUACAGU